CCUACUUCCACCUGCACAAGCCAAUUUCCCAGCUCCGGCCCUGUUUUCCAGCGCCUGCCGCCUCUUUGUACACAUAUUUUGUAAGGUGCAAUUUUUAAUUCGCCUUUCUUUCUCUCACUCGCCCCCGCGACUCUGCCGCUCGCACUUGCAUUUUGACUCUUGCUCACGGCGGUCCUUUUGCUGAAAGACCUGACUUGCUUCCUCUCUGGACAUCGCUUCUUUUGCUGAGACAACGCGUUCUCCUGCAAAGGUGACCCUGUUAGCCAGCUUAUCCAGCGGUGAAUGAGUCAUUUGGCGGGUGCUCCGCCAGCAUCAGAGCGUCGACUCCUCCCAGCGUGAGCAGCACCAUCCUUGCGGCGACGAGCGCAGGGGCCAUUGUCGCCUCUCCAGCCGCCCCCGGAGGCGGAUCGAGCGCAGACCCGUGAGCGAAGCCACCCUCCCACCGCCAGGCGUGGCCAGCGGGCGCCGCAGCCGCCCCUCCCCCCAGACGAGCUAAUCUGAAGCAGUCGCCUGCCCCCACCCCAGGCCCCCGACAGGCCAAUCUGUCCGGGGGUGUGAGCACCAAGGGUUGCGCCCGACAGAGUGGGGGUUGCUGAGCGAGUCGUGACUGUGCCGGCAAAGGAAGAGGACGUGCCUCCACUGCUGCCCCCGACCGACUGCGAGUGAUAUGCAACCCGCCGGACAAGCGUGUCCCGCCGGCUGCCUACCUUGAAAGCGAGAGACUCGAACACGAUGUUGCACGCGGAGCGCGGCUCGACCACGAUUCACGUUUCGGCCCCCAGCGUACUCAGCACCCCUGCCUCCGGAAUGCCCCAGCGAUCGCCCUUCGCCAUCCAGGAGCUGCUCGGCCUCACGCAGCACCACGACACGCCCACGUCGGCGGCCAGUGCGGCCGUCGCGGCCGCUGUCAUCGCGGCCACGUCAACGGCCGCCUCCAGCCACCACCGCAGCCCCACGGCCGGCGUCUCGGCCAUCACGCCCAAUGGCUACCCGCCCCGCUUGCCCAACUUCUCGGGGGCCUCUGACCCCCUCGGCGCGGCCGCCCGCAGCAUGUACUUUAACGCAGCGGCCGCCGCCUUCCUGCCCAACUCGGCCGCCGGCAUGGUCAUGGGCCACCACCACCACGGCCACCACGCGUCGCACAACCCGCACGCGGCCUCGCACCACGGCAUGGGACCUGCAGCCACCCCGGGGGUCCUCGGCCUCAGCCCUGGCCUCAGGCACGACUCGGCCAACACUGGUGGUUUCCCGUCGCUGAAAAACUCGUUUGUCGGUGGAGGAUCGUGCAUGCCUGGACUUGGCCACCUUGACGCUGCCAAAGACUACGCUGACGGGCUAUCUUUCAAUAAGAAAAAGAAGAAGAAGAGAAGGCACAGGACAAUAUUCACAAGUUACCAGUUGGAGGAGUUGGAAAAGGCUUUCAAAGAUGCUCACUACCCUGACGUCUACGCCCGCGAAAUGCUGUCCCUAAAAACAGAUCUCCCUGAGGAUAGAAUCCAGGUUUGGUUCCAGAAUCGAAGGGCAAAGUGGCGCAAAACGGAAAAGUGCUGGGGCAGAAGUACAAUAAUGGCCGAAUAUGGACUGUACGGAGCGAUGGUCCGGCACUCGCUGCCCUUGCCAGAAACCAUCCUGAAGAGCGCUAAAGAAAAUGAGUGCGUCGCACCUUGGCUACUUGAUCCCGCAGGCAUGCAUCGUAAAUCCAUAGAGGCAGCGAGCACUCUCAACUCGGAGGAGUCGGACUCGAACAAGGAAGGAGGCGUCGGAGGCGGCAACGGAGGCGGCACCUCGAGCAGCAUCGGCAGACCCGAGUCGGCGUGUUCGCCGUCGGGCGGUGGCGACCGCAGCGGCGACGAGCUGAGUUGCAGCAGCGGGGGCAGUCCGCCCCCGCCGUCGAUGCAGUCGUCCGCCCCCGGGGGCCCCCAGCCCCACAUGCUGGGCGACCCUGAGCAAUUCCGCAACAACAGCAUCGCGUGUCUGCGCGCCAAAGCGCAAGAGCACAGCGCCAAAAUCCUCAGCGACGCCGUCAGGCGGUCGGCGGCCGCGGCCGUGGCCGCCGCCACCCUCCUGCGCAACGACUCCCAGGCCGGAGGCCACCUCAGCGGCCACCAUCACCACCACCACCAACAGCAGCAGCAGGAACUGCUGGCCGCCGCUUCGGCAGAGUCAAGUGCGAUUUUCUGACAGCAGCGCCUCGACGGUGGCGCGGCGGCCGCUGCGGCGGCGGCCAGAGCUGCGGCCAUCGUCGACUGAACGGUCCGGAGUUGAAGUUGUUGGACACGUGCGAAUAUAAGAGAACAUGAUGGACGCUGGUGAGAGAAACUAGUGCAAAGUAUAUUUAUUGUGGAAAAACGUACAUAGUUGACUACGUGCAAAUUUGAUACCAAAUAUUGAUUAUAGCGUUUAAUUGAUGAAUCAGAAGGUGAAUUAUAGGGCGGUGCUUUUCAGUCCUAUUUUGCGAGUCAGAGAUUUGAUUGAAUGGGGUAGACACAAAAUUCAUAGAUAAAACAAGAAUUUAACGGAUAAUUUUAAAAAUCAUUUUUCUAAAUAAUUUUUAAUGAAAUGAAAUUCUUUCCGAAACAUGACAAGGCAAAAUUUAGUAGUUUUUCAAAUUAAAUAUUUCAUAACUUCUCACAAUGCUAAUUUGAUCUAACUAUCUUUCUUUUUCAAUCAUAAUUUUUACGUCCUGAUCUCUAACUCCUUAUACUUAUGGUUAAAUAUAAAACUCGCUUGAUAAAAUGAUAUUGAAAAGUCUCAAUAUAACUGAACAUUUUUAUUUCAUUUAAGACUUGCUGAAGCAACGACGAAUUUUGCAACUGCUACACAAUAUAUUAAAAAGUAAAAGGAGUGCCUGUUUACAUGGUCAAAAUUCAAAUCUCGGUUCAAAUCGCAAGCCGAUUAUAAAAUGUUUACGGUCACAUUUCAUCGCCAAGAACGCAGAACAUUGCUAUCGAAAUAAAGUACUCUUUUCAGCAUACAAUGUGCACUCGCAGCUCAUUCGAAUACAAUAAUGACGAAACAUGAAGUAUAAUAUGUAAUUCCUAAUCAACGAUUAAGGCCUUGUUUAUAUACAUAAAUAUAUUCCAAAAACAAACUCACACAAUAAUGAUGAGAACGAAACGAAGAAUAAUUGAUUCAAACUUACUUAGUCAUUGCAAAGUGUAUUUAACUAAAGAUAAAAAAAAUAUAUAUUAAUUAUGUAAUUGACAAAGUUCUCUAUCACAUGCAAAGCUGAAAUGUGUUUUACUCGAAUUACGUCGAUGAUUAAAAUUACAAGGCGGUUAAUUUUAAAUGUGGAUUCGUGUGUUUCAUGUGGCAGCAGCAUCAGAACAGACGGAAAAAUACUCUGACAAUUAAUCAAUGAAUUGACAUUUUAAGAGAUUAAUUAAAUUAUUGUAAUAGUGGUUACGCGGCAAUUAAAUUAUAAUCAAUGUAUACUCUCUCUCAAUAGCUCUACUCUUGUACAUAAUGACAAAACUGAAUUCUAGCCAAACUUGCAGGGGUGCGGCGCCACCCCGCAAGAGCUGCGCGCAUACAAUAUUAUAUACUCACUAUAAUGUUAAUGGUGUCUGUGUUAUGUAUUAAUUCAAUAAAAAUUACAAUUGACGACGGAUCGAUAGAUUAGACCAAAAAUGGAAAGAAAACAAAAUAUUUGGAACCCUUUUCAGAGAAUAUUUUAAUUUCUUGCAGUGGAAAUAUUGUACAAAAUUAAAUAAACAAAAUGUUUCUGUUGAUUUAUGUUGUUUUUCAAAUGAAUAUUGUUUUGUACAUGUUUGGUUUUUAAGAGGAAUUGCAAUUUUAUGAGGCGUGCGUACUUGAUGAAACGCGAGAAUCGAACAAAUAUGUAUAACCGUGAAAUUUGAAUAAAAAUAGAUUUGUGAAUGGA